AUGAAUCAAAAUAAUAAAGAAAUAAUUCAUAAAAAACAAGUCAAACCCUCGAAUUCCAAUGAUAUAGAUAUUGACGUCAUAUCAUCAGAUAAUACACAACGAAAAAAUCAUGAAAUUGAAGAACUACCAUCAAUUUUAACACUAAAUACUGAAAGUAUUGAUGAUGUUAAAAAUAGAAUACCAAUUGACAGUUCAUCAUCGGUUAAAACUGAUGAUCAUGUACAAAAACCUGUUUCAAAAGCAGUGUACGAUUAUGCUACGAUGUUUCAUCAGACAAUGGAAGAAUCUCGUCAAAAUAGAUUGAAUGAAGAUGUAACUGCUAUACUUGGUUCAAGUGAUCCACCACCAGGAUUUGGUGUUUUACAUCCUCCAGUUCGUUAUCUCAAACAAAAAUGUCCUUUUCCAUUAGAUCCACUUCCAGUUUGGCGAGGUUAUAAUGGUAAUGUAUAUUUUUCUCCAAUUCAAGUACAACAACUUGACAGUGAUCGUCCUAGAUCACUUUCAAAAUCUCUAAGAUCUGCUUCCACGAAUAGUAUUCCAUCGACAAGGAAAACAGAUGAUGGUCUAUCAAAUGGAAUAUUAUCGACAUAUAAAACUCGAAAAUCUUUUAAAGAACGAAUUGAUAACGAUCGAAGAGCACAUUUACAAACAGUUACAAAUUCAAAAAUGAUAACACUUAAUAAUGAAUUUAAAAAUCGUACAUCUACUAUCAACAGAGAUAAUGGACAGAAAUCAAUACUCAAACAUAAUCAACAUACUACUGAAGAUUCAAUAAAACAUAAACGACAAGUAUUACCAAAUAUUCGAUCAAUACCAAAACCAAAAUUUAUUCAUAAAGGUUUAGCAUAUAAAGAAAGUGAAAGAUUUUCACAUUUUCCUAAUGAGAAUGAUAACGAUGCAUUACAACAACCAUUUAAUCAUACCCAAGCUUAUGCUCAAUAUGGAAUCAAUUCUACACGUACAAAACAACUACCGUUUAUUUCACACGCAGCUUCUCUUACUAAAGAUCAACAAAUAUCCGACGUACGUGAAACAAGAAAACGUAUUAUUAAAGGUACAACUACUUCUUAUCAUAUACCAACACAAUCAAUGCCAUUGGCACCUGUUCCAAAUGAUCAAACUUCUGAUCUAUUCUUAUCCGCACAAAAAACUAUAAAUCCAUUCAAUCAUAUAUCAGGAUCAUUUACGUCUUCAUCAUAUCAACAGAAACAUGCUGCUAUCUAUACUACACCAAAUAUUUCACAAUAUUUUGAAAAUUUUUCAACAAAUAAUAAUCUAAAUAUCUCAUAA